GCGGCUGCCUCCAGCCUCCACGUAGCCAGAAAAACCACGCAGAGACCGAGAGAAGGAAACGUACCCUGAGAAAGCUCAAGCUGCACCCGAGGGACCCCUACAGGCACCCGCAAUCUCAGCCCGACACAACUGCCCGUGGGACCAUGAAGACCGUGAUGGCUCUGCUGCUGCUCUGUCUGUGUCAUCCUGCACAGAGUGACUGCCAGGCAGACUGCCUGUCCUGCAGCAACAUCCUGCCCAAACAGAUCACUUUCAACACAGUGGUGUGUCUCUCUGAGUGUGAAGGCGACGUCUCCCCUGCUUUCUACCGAGACUUCUGUCGUAAAGUGAUGUCCUCUCCGUUGUCCUCGCUCAGAGGUAUGAUGCCGAAAAGAUCUCAGGAGGAGGCCGAGGCCCUGUUUCCUGAGGAGGAGGAUCAGCAGGCGGAGGGAGGCCUGUUGCUUCCUGUUGCAAUGCAACGCUUUGAUCACAUGACCCGGGCACUCGGGGUCAAAGGCAGCCAGAUGAACUCAGCCUACAACUCCCAGAAUGCCCUGUCCCUUGAGGAUGAGUAUGAGGAGGAGGCCGGGCAGGAAGAAGGGGCAGCUGACAUGGCGGCGAGAGGACAAGGUGAUUUAGGUCUGAGCGUCUCCAAGAGGUUUGGCGGCUUCGUGAAAGGGAGGCACGGCUACAGGAAGCUGGUCUCUCCAGGACGAUCUUACCAGAAGAGGUACGGAGGAUUCAUCGGCAUUCGGAAGUCGGCACGCAAGUGGAACAACCAGAAACGUUUCAGCGAGUUCCUGAAGCAGUACCUGGGGAUGAGCACUCGGGCCACUGAGUUCAACAGCGUGUCAGAGGACCUCACCCAACAGAACCAGGUUUAGCACCUUGAAGCCACUGACGUGAAUUCUUGAUGUAUUUUCAAUGAUCUUGUUUUGUAUUUCAGUCACCGACAUAUCGAACUUUUUCUGAUGUCACCACCGUUGACCAUUUAAAUCAUUUAAACUUAAAACUGAGGCUGAAACCUGAAGCUGUGUUCAGACUGACAGUAAAUCAAUCUCAUGAGUUAAAGCUCCCAUGAGGAACUUUUGGGUUGUGUUAACUUUGGCGCCCC